GAGGGAAGGGGAUGAAAAACGUUUUCCACUAAAGACUAAAAACAGUAAUUCCUCGCUACUUUCCGAGAACUCAAACGUGUCGCUUUGGUAGUGGGCGACGACAACAAAAUUCUCGCGAUUCCCAGAAGUUGUGACGAGACUCAAAGAUCUCGCGAGGUUAUGACUUAAGCACGAGAGUAUCUAAGGCAAAAGUAACGGCUACUUUAAAACGGUGGUGUUAGUAGUGAUGGUGGUGGAGGUGUUGGCGAGCACCGAAGAGGCAGAUACGUGUCUUGCGUGCUGAUGUACUCUGCAGAGGAUGAGUCAUGUGACUGUGGGAAAUACGCUGGGCGGCGUGGACCAGCAGUUGGCUGGUCUAGACCUGAACUCUUGUGAUAAUCAGAGUGGGGGAGCAGGUACAGCAAGCAAGGGACGUUACAUACCCCCUCAUUUAAGGAACAGAGAAACAUCUAAAGGCCUCUACCAUAAGGAAAGUUCAGGAUGGAGCUGCAGUAAAGAUAGGGAUGCAUAUAGCAGUUUUGGAUCUCGUGAUUCAAGGGGAAAGUCCAGUUAUUUCAGUGAUCGUCGCAGUGGAUCAAGGGGAAGAUUUGAUGAUCAUGGACGGAGUGAUUAUGAUAGUGCUGGCUGUCGUGACAGAGCUGGCUUUGGCAAAUUUGAACGUAGUGGACAUAGUCGUUGGUAUGACAGAUCAGAUGAAGAUGAUUGGUCCAAACCACUUCCUCCAAGUGAACGCUUAGAACAGGAACUUUUCUCAGGAGGAAACACGGGGAUUAACUUUGAGAAAUACGAUGAUAUACCAGUAGAGGCAACUGGCAAUAACUGCCCUCCACAUAUUGAAAAUUUCAGUGAUGUUGAGAUGGGAGAAAUUAUCAUGGGAAACAUUGAACUUACUCGUUAUACUCGUCCUACUCCGGUGCAAAAACAUGCAAUUCCUAUUAUCAAACAAAAAAGAGAUUUAAUGGCUUGUGCUCAAACAGGGUCUGGAAAAACUGCAGCAUUUCUUCUACCAAUCUUGAGUCAGAUAUAUACAGAUGGUCCAGGAGAGGCUUUAAAAGCUGCAAAGGAAAAUGGGAGGUAUGGACGCCGCAAACAGUACCCAAUCUCCUUGGUGUUAGCCCCAACAAGAGAAUUGGCUGUGCAGAUCUAUGAGGAAGCCAGAAAAUUUUCAUACAGGUCUAGAGUUCGUCCUUGUGUAGUAUAUGGAGGUGCUGAUAUUGGCCAGCAGAUUCGAGACUUAGAACGUGGCUGCCACUUACUAGUUGCUACUCCAGGACGUUUGGUAGAUAUGAUGGAAAGAGGGAAAAUUGGAUUAGACUUCUGCAAAUACUUGGUACUGGAUGAAGCAGACAGAAUGUUGGAUAUGGGAUUUGAACCUCAAAUACGGCGUAUAGUUGAACAAGAUACUAUGCCACCUAAAGGUGUUCGUCAUACUAUGAUGUUUAGUGCUACCUUUCCUAAGGAGAUACAGAUGCUUGCUCGUGACUUCUUGGAUGAAUACAUCUUUCUAGCUGUAGGCAGAGUAGGCUCUACUUCUGAGAACAUCACGCAGAAAGUAGUUUGGGUGGAAGAGGUUGAUAAGCGGUCAUUUCUGCUUGAUCUCUUAUGUGCCACAGGGAAAGAUUCCUUGACUUUGGUGUUUGUGGAGACCAAAAAGGGUGCAGAUUCUCUGGAAGAUUUCUUAUACCACGAAGGGUUUGCCUGUACCAGUAUUCAUGGAGACAGAUCACAAAGAGAUCGAGAGGAAGCACUUCACCAGUUCCGCUCAGGGAAAAGCCCAAUUCUAGUGGCCACAGCUGUGGCAGCAAGAGGUCUAGACAUUUCAAAUGUGAAACAUGUUAUCAACUUUGAUUUGCCAAGUGACAUUGAAGAGUAUGUGCAUCGCAUUGGCCGUACAGGGCGUGUAGGCAACCUUGGCCUUGCCACCUCAUUCUUUAAUGAAAGAAAUGCAAAUAUCACAAAGGAUUUGUUGGAUCUUUUGAUUGAAGCUAAACAAGAGGUGCCAUCUUGGUUGGAAAGUAUGGCUUUCGAACAUCAUUACAAGGGUGGCAGUCGAGGACGUUCUAAGAGAUUCAGUGGAGGAUUUGGUGGCAGAGAUUAUCGACAAAGUAGUGGUUCCAGCAGUUCUUGCUUUAGUAGCAAUCGUGCAAGUGGUGGCCGCAGUGGCAAUGCCAGAGGAUUUGGUGGAGGUGGCUAUGGAGGCUUCUACAAUAAUGAUGGAUACGGUGGAAAUUAUAACUCCCAAGGGGUUGACUGGUGGGGCAACUGAAUCGACUUUGCUACAGUCAUCAUCCUUUCAUACAAGCUGAUAUGGAAACCACAUGUAACUUAGGCAGACUAAAAUGUGUAGCUUCAAGAACUUGCAGUACAUUACUAGCUGUGAUUCUCCUAAAAAAUCUGAGAGCUGAAAGUCACUAGAAGAAAUGAACAGAACAACUACAGCCAUAUUCAGAAGUUGAAGAUUUAGUUGCCACAGUAUGGAUUAACUUGCCUCCUGCUUAAUUCCACCCCAAACCACAUUUGUAAUUUUGUGACUGAGAAUCAUUUGUUUGUUAAUGUACUGUCAACUUUAGACAACUUAUUUGAUGUCUUGUUGGCUCAGUAGUGCUCAAGAUAUCAAUUAUUUGGACAAAAUAAAUUCACUGAACUUGGGCUACAAUUAAACCUUGGCACACAGGCGUGAUUCAAUUUAGCAGAGAUAAUAAUUUUAUCAGUAAAUAAAAGGGAAAAACUAAUGCAGUAGCCUGUGUUAGGACUUCCAUACUUGCAGAUCCUGGUGGAAAGAAAGAGAUCUUAAAAGUAAUUAUUUUCUAAUGAAACAAACUACUAAAAUUCUAAUUUGUUCACUCUUCUGGAUAGGCACUUCAGACAAAUUAUAAGCCAUUCCAGUCACGAAGUGUGAUGUGUAAAAACAACUGUAACAUUUUUGGAACGCAUUCUUGGAUGCCAGUAAAUACAGCAAUUCCUUUUUUAGUGUUUAGGAUGCUUCUUAAUGUUGUUUGUCAUCUGUAAGUAUACUGCUACAGGGAAAGUUUUGAGACCUGACUGAAGGUGUGUGGGAACAUGUACUUGGAUUCUUUAAUGCUUGCCUUAGUAUAAAUGAAAUGUUAGAAUGACUAUCCAUAAGAAUGACUUGCCCUUGUUACAGGCCUUGUUGGAGUUCUGGUCUUUCAUGGAUGCAUUGUGGGUAUAUCUUGGUCAAGAAAGUUCAAAUUGAAGGGAAUUAUAAAGCAGGCUUUCUUUUUGUGCCAUUGCUUUGUUAUAACUGUAGUAAAUGUUAAGGUGGUUUACACUUGUAGACUUUGUUAAAUCUAAGAAUAACAAAUUGAGAUUUCACAGGUGGGAGCUAUGUACUAAAUUGUGCAAUAUGUCAGUUCUUAACAGUGCUGUUCUACUCUAUUUUAACCAUAGGUUUCCAUUAUAUUUAUACCUCUGCUGAGUUUGUCCAAAGAUGUCUGUCUCCUACUGAAAAGAAAAUGCCUUUUCAUUUGGGAUGUUGUGGACAGAACACAAUCUUUUUUUUUUUUUUUUUUUUUUUUUUUUUUCCCAGCACCAGGGAUCGAACUCAGGGCCGCCUAUUUGCAAGGCAGGUGGUUAUGUGCUGAGCUAAAUCCCCAGCCCCAACAGAACACAAUCUUUAAAAAAAGUUUUUAGAGUGGCACAAGUUGACAAAAAUUUCUUCUAAGUGCAAUAUAUUUUUAGGUGUAUCGUGCUUUGUUCUAACUUACUAAAGUAGGAGCCCUUUGACAGUAUUGAGGUCAUUUGUUUUGCUGCUAUUUCGAUUAAUGUAGGUUUAGACUCGUGUAUACAAAUUUGCCCAUAGUUUUUAACAAAGUAUUUACUUUACUGCACAUUGAAUUUUAUAUAUAUGCCUUGUGUACCACUCCUUAAAUUUCCAAUCUUGUUUUGUCUCAUGAUUGUUGAACAGAGCUCAUCAAGAGCUAGUUUCUAAGAUUUUACUUGGGACUAUGGAUGGUAGUUAAAAGGACUGUUUGCACAUGAUAGACCUUAGACACUUAUGCUGCUAGUUUGUGUAAUAUUUAUUGAACACUUUGACAAAUAACUUAUUUUUGUAAGCCUAAAAAAUGAUUCUAGGAAAGCUUAUAAAAACUUGACCAAAAGGCACUCCCAAAAUACUGGCACUUCAGUGUUGAAUGUCGCCAUUUUGAAAUAAAAUAUUUCAGGGUAGUAUGAACUUUUAAUGUUAAGGCCUAUUACGGCAAAUUACUGACAUUGGCAUUGGAGAUUAAAAUUUUAUAAUAAAAGUUAAACCAAAAUUGACAGUUCAAAAUUAGUAUAUGCAAAGGUUUUGAUAUACUUGUUUUUAAGAAAUUAAUGAAAAUAUUUUAAAAUGAUAUGAAGCAUCCAUAUUCUCAGUUUCUCUGAAUUUUGUUUAUUAUGUGUUUGGUUUGGUUUGCAAUGAUAAUAUGACAUAUUUGCAGUCUUCAAACAUGUUAUCUGUGUUUUGCCAUAAUCAGUAACUUACACGUUUAGUUUUAUGACCAGCCAGCAAUAUUUUCAAUAAAUAAUUGAUUUGAAUUGCAGAAUGUAAACAUUGACCCUGAAGUCACUAUAAGUUUAACUGUUUAUUGUAUUGGUUUUAGAUGGUAGCACUGCAUAUGCUGAGUUGAAUCUUAUUUUACUAAAAUAAAAAGUUAAAGUCUUUCUGCUGACAGUUGUGGCUUAAAGGUGAGAAGAUUAAGCUCAUACUCUUAAGGAAUUAGAAAACCAGUUUCUUACUUAUGUAUUUGUGAAAUAUGUACUUCAGGGCUGGGGAUUUAGGUUGGCAGCAUAAGCACCUGCCUUGUAGGCAGGCGGUCGUGAUUUCGAUCCCUGGUACCGAUAAAAAUGAAAAAGUUAAAAAAAAAAAUGUACUUCAGAAAACUACUUUUCAGUAAGAUAAGAAGUACUAUAGAAAAACAGAAUUUUUUUUAGGGUUGAAAUAUUUUUAAAAAGAUGUUAGCAUGUGUUUACAACACAUAAUUAUUCACCAUGGAGAAUUGGGAUGCAUAAUUAAAACUUUUUUCUUCAUCCUUUUCUCAACCUGUUCUGUCCACUCCCUUCAUCUUAGAAUGGCUAUGAUCAAAGAAAUCAAAUACAGUGUUACCUUGGUUCAUGAACAUAAUUCUCUCCACAAUUCUGGUUGCAGACUACAUUGGACAAGAAUCCAGUCAAAUUCAAUUUUGACCUUGAUAGGGUAAUUUGAUUGUUUCUCAUCCAAUUUAUUUGGCAGCCAGGAUUGGGGAAAGAAGGAAGUUAGUGAACCAAGGUGGUAGUGUAAUCACGUUUCAUAGAAGCUGUGGAGGAAAAAGAAUUUUUCAGAAUUGUUGGUCAAAAUGUAAAUAAAUUAGAACAACCAUCUUGGAAAUCGGAUAAAGAGUCCUCAAAAAACUGAAAUCAGAAAUUCCAUUCAAUCUAGUACUUCACUUUAUAGCCAGGAUUGUUUCCUAAGAGUUAAAGACUUCAUGUUAUACUGAUUUUUUAAAUUAGUGAUUUAAUGUUUUGGCUAUUUACUAAUUGUAGUCAUCUGUGGGCAUGCUAGUAUAGGAAAAGUUUAGAGACCUGGUAAAGAGUUUGGGAGAUUAUUUAAUGCCUGUCAUACUAUAAUUCAAAUGUUAGAAUGGCUAUCCAUAGGCAUGACUAGUCCUUGAACUUGGCUUUGUUGGAGUUCUGAUCUUUCAUGGAUGCAGUGUUGAUGUUUUUUGGUCAAGAAAGUAUAAGCUGAAUGAAUAAUACAGCAUUUUUUUUUUCUGAGAUAGGGUGUCACUAUAUAGCACAGGGUGGCCUUGAGCCCACUUUGUAGUCCAGGCUAGCUUCAAACUUGUAACUAUUGUUCUGCCUCAGCCUCAGCUAAGUGCUAGAAUUACAGGCAUGCAUCACCAUGCCCAGCUGAGCAGGCUUUUCGAAAAUGUGGACAUGGCUUUGUUACAGCUGCAUUGAAAUAUUAACACUUGUAGAUUAUAUAAAUCUAAGGAUAACAAAUUCAGAUCUCACAGGUUGGAGCUAGAUACUAACCUACACAAGCUGUCAGUUCCUUUUUUUUUUUUUUUUGGUGGCGGGAUCAAACUCAUGACCUCACAACGUCAUGCUUGCCAGGCAGGUGCCUAUGUGGCUGAGCCAAAUCCCCAGGAGCUGUCAGUUCUUAAUAGUGCAGUUGUGUUGUAUUUUUGUUGCAUAGGUUUCCACUGUAAUUAAAUCUGCUGAAUUUACCCAAAGGUUGACUGUCCACUACUAAAAAGAAAUCUCUUUUGGUUCUGGCUCUCUGCUCAGAAUUUUCAGAUGUAUUGUACCUCGUUCUAAAAUUACAUUAUUGACAUCAUUUGUUACAGUGUUAGUUACAGGGCAAUUAGUGUGGCUUAGGCUCUGUGUACAUAUUUGCCAGUAAUUUUUUUUACAAAGUACUUCAGAGAGUUUUAUAUGUAUGUAUUUUUUUUACAAAGUACUUCAGAGAGUUUUACAAAGUACUUCAGAGAAUUUUAUAUGUAUGUCUUUUGCGGAAGCUCUAAAACUUCUAAUUUUGUUUUUUAUCUUUUGGAAGUUUUUUGAUGUUUUUUUUUUCAUUAGUACUGUGACAAAAUUUAUUUUAAAAUAAGAACAAAAAGUGAGGUGGCCAGCCACAGUUGUGCAUGCUCAUAAACUUUGCACUUGGAGGGGCUGGGGAUUUAGCUCAGCGGCAUAAGUGCCUGCCUUGCAAGCAGGCCGUCGUGAGUUCGUUCAAUCACCGGUACUGAUAAAAAGGAAAAAGACAAAAAAACAAAAACAAAAACAAACAAACAAAAAAAAAAAACUUUGCACUUGGGAGGUGGAGGCAGGAGGAUGGCUGCAAAUUUAGUGCCAGUCUCAGUUUAGUUUAAGAUUAGCUUGAACUGCAGAAGGAGACCCUGUAUCAAGAAACAAGAAAAGAUAGCUCUACAGAGUAACCUUGGCCCACAUUAUUGAAGGAGAAAGCAACAUAAACAAGUACACCUUGGAGGAUGCAAGGCAAGCUGCUAUGAGGAAAGCCACAGAAGUCUUUUGGAGGUGGUUUUGCACAGCUUUUAAAGAUACAAUUUUUAGUAUACUGUGUAUUGUAGGUGUUAAUCCUCUGUUUUAGGUGUAUCUGACAUUUUUUUUCCCUUUAUAUAGGUUGCCUUUUCUGUGCCGAUUUUAAUUUGAUGAAAUUCCAUCUGUUGAUCAUGAAGAUAAAUUCUUUGUUGAUUAUAGUUCUGUUCAGUUUGAAGGUACUUGUCUUCCAGAAUUUAAAUUUGCUUUUUUUGGUACUAGGGAUUGAACUCAUGACCUCACACUUGGGAGGUAGGCACUUAACUAAACCCCUGGUCCAGAGUUUUUAAGUAUUUUGACAUUUGAAUUUUGAUCCAUUUUGAUUUAGUUUAGUUCUUGAAUAGGCAUGGUGUCCAGAUUUAAUCUUCAUAUGGACAGUCAGUUUUACCAGUACAUGUGUUCAAAGGCUGUCCUUCCUCCAACAUGUAUUUUAGUACCUUUGUACCUUUGUAACAGACCAGUUAGUUGAGUGUGCACAGGGUUGUUUCUCUGUUCUGUUUCGUUGAUGCCAACUGUCACGUUUUUUGUUUGUUUUUUACCUGUCUUAUUUUUUGCAAGCUUCUUCUCUCUCUUUUUCUUUUUUUCUUUUGGUGGUGGUACCAGGGAUCAAACUCAUGACCUUGUGCUAGCCAAGUUGCAUACUUUUUAUUUCUGGCUGAAACUGAAUUGUGAUAGUCUCUUUCUAUUACUUUGUGCAUAAUUGCUUUUGCUCUUUGCUGUAAUAUUCCAUUAAAUACUAUAAUUGUUUUCUGUGGUUCUGUGAGGCAUGCUGUCUGUAUUUUGAUUUGAUAAUAUUAAGUCUGUUACCAGUUUUGGAAGUCUGGCCAUUUUGACAGUAUUUGUCCUGCCUCUUUAGAUACCAACCAUGGAGAAGGAUUCCUUUUCCCCAAGCCUUUCCGGCAUUCCUUAUGGCUUGAUUUCUUGAUACUAGCCAUUCUUUACAGGGUGAGGUGGAAUCUCAACAAUUUGUUAAUUUGCGUCUCUGGAAUGACCAAUGAUACUGAACGUUUUUUCACAUACUUACUUGCUCUUUUUAUUUCAUCUGAGGAGUGUGUUCCCAUCCUCAUUUUUGGAUUGAGUCUUUACAUCUGGGUGGAUUGAGGUUUUUUAAAGUUAUUUUUAUGUUCUUCAUGGUAAUCAUUUGUCGAGGAAUAGCUGGCAAACAUUUUCUCCCAUGUUGUAGGUUGUCUCUUCACUCUGUUGGUGGCUUCUCUUCUUGUGCAAAAGCUUUUCAGUAGGGUGAGAUCCCAGUUGUUGAUUCUUUGCAGUAGUUUCUGCGCAAUCUGUACUUGUACAUAAAGUCUUUGCCUACACCAAUGUUGUCAAGAGUUUUAUGUACUCUAUCUUCCAGCAGAUUUAAUGUUUCUAUUUUACUAUUAAGAUAUUUGAUCCAUUUCAGUUUUAUCUUAGUACCUAAUGAAAAAUGAGGAUCCAGUUUUAAUCUUCAGCGUGUGCAGAGCCAGCUUUUCCAGCAUCGUUUAUUAAAGAGACUAUCUUUCUUCCAGUGAGUGUGUUUGUCACCUUUGUCAAAAAGUUAGUGUGUCUGGAUUUGUUGCUACAUCUUUUAAAAUGUUCCACUGAUCUUUUGAGUGUUUUUAUUCCCUCCAGUACCACACUUAUUAUUACAGUAAUUUUAUAGUAUAAUUUCUACCCAGGAAUUGUGAUGCCCCUGUCUUGUCUUUGUUUCCCAGGAUGGCCUUUGCUAUAAUCUGUGCUUCUUCUUUUUUUCCCCUGUAUGUCUCAAGAACUUCCAGAUGUAUUGUCGGGUUGUUUUCUCUAAUUCUGUGAGAUAUGCUGUUCAAGGUUUGAUUGGGAUUGCAUUGACUGUACAACAGUUUGAAAGUAUGGACAUUUUCAGUAUAUUCAUUCUUCCUACUCAAGAGCAUGGGAUGUCUCUCCAUUUUCUAAUAUCCUCUUCAGUCUCCUUUUUUAGAGUACUGUAGUUUUCAGUGUAGAAGUCUUUUACAUCCUUUGUUAGGUUGAGUCCUAGAUGUUUCUUCUUCUUCUUUGUCUUUUUCUUUUUUAUUGGUACUGGGGAUUGAACUCACGACUGCCUGCUUGCAAAGCAGGUGCUUAUGAUGCUGAGCUAAAUCCCCAGCCCCAUUUUUUUUUUUUUGAUGCUACUGUAAAAGGCAUUGUUUCCUUGAUUUUUCUCUCAGUGAGUUUGUUAAUCGUGCACAAGAAGGCUGUUGAUUUUUGACUGUUGACUUUGUAACCAGGUAUGUUACUGAAUUUGCUUAUUAAAUCUAAAAGUCUUUUGGUGGAGUUUUUGGGGUCUUCUAAGUAGAGUAUCAUAUUUUCUGUAAAAAAUGAAAGUUUUAAGUUUUCCCUUCCGAAUGUUUAUUCCUUUAAUUUCUCUCUGUCAUCUAAUUGCUCCAGCUAAAGCUUUUAGGACUAUGUUGAAUAAGAGUGGAGACAGGUGUAUAUCCUUGUCUUUCUCCUGAUUUUCGGUGAAGGCUUUCAGUUUUUGCCCAUUUAGUAUGAUAUUGGCUGUUGCUUUGUCAUAGAUGAUUUUAAUCAGAUUGAGAUAAAGAUCAUCUAUUUCAAUUUACUGCAGCGUUUUUUUUAAUUUUAAAUAUCAUGAAUAGGUGCUGGACUAUGUCAAAUAUGCUUUCAGCGUCUGUUGAGACAAUCAUGAUUUUUGUCCUUGCCUCUUAUGUGGUAUACUACAUGUAUGGAUUAUGUAUACUGGACCGGGUCUGCAUCCCUGGGAUGAAUUCCACUUGCUCAUGUUGUACAGACUGCUUGACGAUUUGCUGCAGUCUGUUUGCCAGUAUCUUAUUAAGGAUUUUCUGCAGCAUUGUUCAUUAGGGAGAUGGCUUGUAAUUCUCUUUCUUAGUUGGGCCCUUCACUAGUUUUUGAAUUAGGAGAAAUGCAUGCUUACAGGAAUGAAUUUGGGAGCAUUCCUUUUCAAUUUCAUUAAGGAGUUUGAGAAUAGUGCUGUUAGGUCUUCCAUAAAUUUCUUGUAGAAUUCUGAAGUGAAUCCAUCAGGGCCUGGGCUUUUCUUUGUUGACAGGGCUUUUAAAAAUUUAUCUAAUUAAUUAAUUAAUUAAUUAAUUGGUUGGUAGUUUUUUAAAGUUACAUCUUUGAUUUGAUUCAUUGAUACUGGGUUACUUCGGGUUGUCAUAUCUUCUUGAUUCAGCUUUGGUACUUUAUAUAUAUAUAUCCAGGAAUGUGUUCAUUUCUUCUGUAUUUUCCAUCUUGUUAGAAUAUGAGUUUUAUUUAGUCUUUUUUAAUCCUUCAAGAACCAACUCUGAUUCAUUGUAAGUUUUUAGUGUCCAGUGUGUUAAUUUCUACCCUGAUUUUUAUAAUUUCCUCCUUUGUAUGAGCUGUUGGUUUAUCCUGCUGUUCUUUUUCUAGAAAUCUGUGGUUCAAAUUUAAGUUGUUUGUAUGUGCCUGCUCAGUUUUGCUUAUGUAUUUACUGCUCUUAAGUUUGCCUUUUAAGGCUGCUUUUAUUGUGUCUCACAGGUUUUGGUACGCUUAAUUGUCAUUAUCAUUCAACUAUAAAAGCUAAUUUCUUCUUUAAUUUCAUCUGUGACCCAUUGGUUGUUCAGUGGAGUACUAUUUAGUUUCCACAAAUUUAUGAAGUUCUUGUGGUUUCCUUUGACAUGCAUUUGCAGUGCAUUGCAAUGUCAUAUUCAAUAAGCCAGUAUGUGGUCUGUUGCGAAGAAUAUCCCAUGCAAUGCAGCUGAGAAGAAUGUGUAUUCCGAUGUCAUGGGAUGGGACACUAUAGACUUCUAGUAAGUGCAUUGGUUCAAAAGUUUGAUUCAGUUCUAGUAUUUCAUUAUUCAUUUUUUGUCUAGUUGAUCUAUCUUUUUGUGAUGGGGUCAUUGAGAUCUCCCAAAACAGUUGUAUCAGGACUCCUGAUUUUUCAUGUCUGUUAGUAACUUUUACAUAGUUGUGUGCACUAGUAUUGUUGCAUAUGUUUAUGAUCGUAAUGUCUUUUCCUUGGAUUGUUCCCUUAAUGAUGAUGUAGUGACCAGCUUUGUCUCUCUUAAUCAGUGUUGGUUUGAAAUUCACUUUGUUUGCAAACAAAAUAGCUACCCCUGCUUUUUCAUGGGUUCCUGUUGCAUGGAGUACUGUUUUUAUCCUUUGACUUUGUCUAUGAAUUUCUUUUGAAUUGAAUGUGUUUCUUGUAUGCAGCAUAUUUUUGGAUCGUGCUUCUUGAUCUCUUCUGUCAGUCUAUGACUGACUGUGAAUUAAGACCAUUAACACUGGGCUGGGGAUUUAGCUCAGCGGCAUAAGCGCCUGCCUUGCAAGCAGGCAGUCGUGAGUUCGAUCCCUGGUACCGAUAAAAACGAAAAAGAAAAAAAAAAAAGACCAUUAACACUGAUGGUUACAACUGAUAUGUAUUGAUGUAUGCUUGUCAUGUUAUUUUCAUGUUGUUGGCUCCCUCUGCUUUUUUUCCUCUUCCCUCUAAUUGUUUGCCCUCCCUGGUGGAUUCGUUCUGUUGGGGUUCAUGGAGCUCUCAUCUUAUUAUCUCUUUCUAGAAUGUCCUUCAGAACAUUUUGUGUUUUGGUGAUCAUAAAUUUCCUCAGAUGUUCUUUGUUAUGGAAAUAUCUUAUUUCUCCAUCAAUUUUUAAAGGGUGUGUAGCAGGAUAAAUCAGUUUAGGUUGAAAGUUGUUUUCCUUUUAAUUUGGUGUACUUGACUUCAAAGUCUCCUUGGCUUGAGAGUUUGUGCUGAGAAGGCAGCUGUGAGUCUGAUAGGCUUUCCUUUAUAGGUGAUUUGUUUCUGUUUAAACCGCUUUUAAGAUUGUAUUCCUGUGCUGAAUUUCUAGAAUCUUUUUGGGGGGUCUUUUUGAGACAGGGUCUCUCUGUGCAGUUUGGCAGUCCUUGAGCUCACUUUGUGGCUCAGGCUGCUCUCAAACUCACAAGGAUCUUCCUGCUUCGGCCUCUGGAGUGCUGGGAUUACAGACAUGAGCCACCGCGCCCAGCUGAAUUUCUAGAAUCUUGACUGUGAAAUGCCUAGCUGUAGAUUUUUAAAAAAUCAUUGCUAAUUGGAAUUCUAUAUUCCUCAGUUAUUUGUAUAUCAAAUUAUUUUAUCUGUACCAGAAAAUUUUUCUGUGUUGUCUGUCAACAUUUUUUUUGAUGACACUUGUGGUAUUUCCUCCUGGUUCAUUGAUUUCAGUUAACCUCAGGUUCAUCUAUUUUGUCUCAUCUAGCAGCUGCUGUAGUGAUGUGUCAUGGUCCCUACUUUUGAGAAGUCUUUUUUUUCCUAGACACUAAUUGCAAGCCUGUCUUCAAUAUCUGAGAUCUUAUCCUCACAUUGACCUAAUGUACCUUGAAUACUUUCAAUGGAGUUUUCAUUCCCCUGGUUUGUGAUGGGUUUUUCCCUUGUGCAAGUUAACAUGGCACUGGAGAGCCACCUCCCUUCAAAACUACUCCCCCCGCCCCGUGUUCUUCUUGCAAGUCAAAAGUUAAGCCAGCUCUUCAGGUGUGUGCCAUGCUCCUCUAUUCACCCCUUUAACUCUACCCAGUGUCAAUUCCAAAUAAAGCCUGUGUUUUUUCCCCUGGAUGCUUCCAGGGGGUGCUUGUAUCUCUUUAACAGCCCUCCUGUGACUGCAAUAAAGGCCUCUUUUCCUUUCUCUUCCCUUCUCUCUGCUACCCUCCCCUUCUCUCCCCUCCCCUCCCCUCUCCUUCCCUUUUUCCUUUGUUUCUUUUUCUCCCUCUUUUUCUUUGUUUUCUCUCUCUUAUCUCUCUCCUGUAGCAGGACCAAACAAUAUCUGAUUGAAUCUGCUGUAUGGAUUCCAUUUCAUUCUGUGCUGCGUUUCUGUAAUUUGCUUAAGCUUCUCUAUUGUUUUGGUCUAUGUCUACUGUAACAUCACUAAGCAUGGUGUUUAUUUUCUGAUUUCAUUUUUUCCAGAGCCUCAUUCAAUUGCUCUGUUGUUCAGAGAGACCUGAUGGGGGUGAUUUUGGAUUGUUGCACCUCAUUGCCUCCGGUUUUGCCUUUGGUAAACUUUGUCUUUGGAAAAUUGGGAUUACAUAUUGUUUAAUCGUCUUCUCAUUUAUUUUCUUUUUCCAGUUUAGUUCAUGGUGUGAUGCUUGUAAGUUGCCUAUGGUGGGGUUGCUUUAUUGCUUUAUUUUAGGAUACCUAGGUGAUAACUCCUUCUCUGAGAUAUCUUCCAGGUUUAGCUGCUUUUUGGGCUUGAGUCUUUGGAAAAAUCUUGCCUCUUUAGUUUGUUAGACAUGAGAAGUUGUUGUUUGGUUAACCUAGUCCGUGGUUCUUUAGCACUGUGCCACAUUAUUUUCUGUGACCCAGUCAUGGUUUAUCAAGGCCCACAGUGCCAGCCAGUAUAGUCUUUCAUGUCCACUGUUCCCCUGCACUGCCAUGUCUCUCUGCAGAGGCCUUCAGGGUUGCCAGCCUCCAGUGUCAUCUUGACAGUUUGUACCCAUGUUCCAACAAAUCUCAUGUAGUGAGUCUGGUGGGCAAAGGAGCCCUCUUCUUGGUGAAGGUUUUCUUUUCAUUCUCUUUUGGCUUCAGUUCACACUUCAGAUUCUCCCUGUGUCCAGAGGAUCUGUGUCCUUCCAGUUAAAUCCCUGGUUCUCUUUACAGCAUUUGGAUGGUCACUCUCAGAUAGGCUGUUUUCUGUGCUGCUAACUGCACCACUAUCUUCCUGGAAAUCUUUUUGGUUUUGAAAAAGAAGUAUUUUAGUCAUUAAGUUCUCAGACUUGAAACAUACUUUAUAUCAUGACUUAAUGUGUCCUGUCUCUUGAAUAUUAUUAUAUUGAUUGUUUUCAAAUUUUAAGGCUAAGUAGUGUUUGUCAUUUUACAAUUCAGAAAGCAAGUUUUCUUCAUUGCCAGUUUAGAUUUUUUUAAAACUACAUUGUGGUUCAAUUUAUGAAAGACAAAUAACAUGUAUAGUUCUACUAUAAAGGUAUAUGAAGUUUGUACAGAAAGUUUGUAUAAAACAUAAAAUUCUUAAUGUAUAACAGUAUGUCUAGCUUGCCGUUGCUUUGAUGCUUUGCAGUUUUAAAAGUUUUUAUUCUUUUAAGGAUCCAGAUUUUAAAGUGAUGUGCAUUUAAAAGUUUACCUCAAGUAAAUGUUUAGAUUUUAUUCAGAGAUUGUGAGUCUGUUGUUCAGUAAUAGUUUCCUCACUUAAAAAAAUUGUUCAUUAAUUCUUUGCAUAUGUGUGUCCCCAUCUUUUACUUUUAUCCCUUUUUGCAUCUGUCAGGAAGUAUUUUUUGUGAUUUGAGAACAUUUUAUCUAGAGGACUGGGGGUGAUUUUCUUAGUCUUACACUGAAAGUAAGUAAGGAAACCUUUACUGUGUGAAAGGAGGUAUGCCAGGUUGUUAACUUCCCUUUUAGGUACUUGCCUUUUGGGAAGUGAGUUGCAUGGUAAGAAAAAUACAGUAUGUAUAAGUUUCAUCAGUUUUAUUUUAUAUUGAGCAUAGAAUAUCUCUCCCUUUUCUAAUAUUCUACUCAUUGUCCUUUUUCAGAGUACUAUAGUUUUCAUUGUAGAGGUCUUUUACAUCCUUUGUUAGAUUGAUUCCUAGUAUUUUUUUUUUCUUGGAUGCCACUGUGAAAAAUGGUGUUUCCCAAAUAUUUCUCAGUGAGUUUUGUACAGGAGAGGUAUUGAUUCUUGAGUGUUGAGUUUAUGUCCAUCUGUACCUCUGAAUUUACCUAUUAAAGUUAGUAAAGUUUAUGGAGUCUUUUAUGUAAAGUAUCAUGUCAACUGCAAAUAAUGAUAGUUUAACUUCCCCUUUCCUAUAUGUAUUCCUUUUAUUUCUUUCUCUUACCUUAUUGCUCCAGCUAAAGUUUCCAGGACUAUGUUGAAUAAGAGUGGUAGGGGCUGGGGAUUUAGCUCAGUGGCAUAAGCACCUGCCUUGCAAGCAAGCAGUCGUGAGUUAGAUCCCUGGUACCAAUAAAAAAUGAAAAAGACAAAAAAAAAAAAAAAAAAAGAGUGGGAACAUGAACAUCAUUGUUGUUUUUUUUUUUUUUUUCUUCUUGAUUCUUGAGAGAAAGCUUUCAGUUUUCGCCCAUUUAGUAUGUUCCCUGUUGAUUUCUCUUAGGUGGCUUUUAUCAGCUUAGAUAAAUAGACAAUCCAUUCCAAUUUUCUGUGGGAUUUUUGUCAUGAAUGGGCACUGGAUUUUUUCAAAAAAUUUUUUUACAUCUGUUCAGGUAAUCGUAUGGUUUUUGUCCUUUGCUCUGUUAACAUGGUAUAUUAUAUUUAUGAAUUUACGUUUGUUCAACCAUCCCUGCAUCCCUGGCAUGAAUGCCACUUGUAAUGAUGUAUGAUGUUCUUCAUAACUUGCUGCAUUCUGUUUGCCAGUGUCUUACUGAGAAUUUUUAGAUCUACAUUCAUUAGGGAAUUUGGCUUGUAAUUCUCUUUUUUAGUUGGAUCCUUCUUUGGUUUUGGUAUUAGGAUAACACCUGCUUUCAGGAUUGAGUUUGAAAAUAUUGCUUCUCUUUCACAGUAUUGCUUCUCAAACUCUUUAACAAAGAGUUGUUAAAGAGUUUGUUAAAGAGUUUGAGAAGUAGUGGUAUUAAGUCUUCUCUAAAUUUCUCAUAGAAUCUGUCAGGGCCUGGGCUUUUCUUUGUUGAUAGGUUUCUAAUUACUUCUUUGAUCUUAUUGAUUCAUACUAGUUUAUUUAGGAUUUUUAUAUCUUCAUUCAGCUUUGGUAAUUCAUGUCUGUUUAAAUGUAUUAUUUUCUUCUGUAUUGUCCAUUUUUUAAAAAUACAAAGUAGGAAUAGAUGCUCUUCUAAAUUUCUGCAGUAUCUGUUGUGAUUUCACCCUCUUAUUCCUAAUUAAUUGCAUGGAUUUAAGUCUUUUAUUUCCUCUUUUUUAUAAGAUUGGCUAGGAUUUAGUUUAACAGCAUAAGCACCUGCCUGGCAAGCUUGAGGUUGUGAAUUCGAUCCCCAGUGGAAAAAACAAAAAAGAUUAGCUAAAGGAUUGUCAAGUUUAUCUAACCUUUCAAAGAACCAACUCUUUUUUUUUUCCUUUUGUCUUUUUGAGACAGUUCAGGCUGUCUUGAUCCCCACCACAAAAAAAGUCAGUUAGAUGGCUAAACAGUGGUACGUGUAAACAAUGGAAUACUAUUGAACACUGAAAAUAUGAAACUAUUAAAAAGAUAAAUUAAGAGCUUAUUACUAAGUUAAAGCACUCUCUCUUGGAUGUGUGAUAUAGGUCUCACUAAUAUACAUGGGCUCUGUUUCAUUGUCAGCGCUGAAAAAAGACAGAGUGGCACAAUCUGAUUGAAUUUUUAUAAGUAAUAUAUACAGUUAUACGUUUUAAAUGCACUAAAUUGUAAAGAAAUUGUAAAGAAAUUCAAGACUUUUUUUUUUUAGUCUUUUGAGACAGGGUCUCGCUAUGCAUUCAGUCUGGUCUUGGGCUCACUUUGUAGUCCAAGCUGGUCUUGAAUUUGCAAUGAUUCUCCUGCCUCAGCCUCCCAAGUGCUAGAAUUACAAGUGUGAGCCACCAUCCUUGGUCAGAACCAACUCUUUGAUUCAUUGAUUCUUUGUAUUGUUUUUUUAAAAUGUCCGGUGUGUUAAUUUCUUCUUAGAUCUUUAUAAUUUCCUCUCUCCUAUGAGCUUUUGGGUUAGCCUGCUGUUUUUCUAGAAAUUUAAGAUUCACCAUUAAGCUUAUAUGUACUUUCUCUUUUCCUUAUAUGAGUAUUUACUGCUAUGAAAUUUUCUUUAAAGACUGCUUUCAUUGUGCCCCAUAAGACCCAGUGUGUUGUACUGUUUUCAUCAUUUAACUGUAAAAAUUGUCUAAUUUCAUCUAUGAUUCAUUUAUUGUUCAGUACAGUACUAUUUAAUUUACAUGUGUUUACCAAGUUCUUGGAGUUUCUUUUGCCAUGAAUUUCCAAUUUUAUGGCACUGAGUUCUGAUCGCAUGCAUGGGAUAACUUGAAUUCCUUUGCAUUUACCUAAGUAUGAUCUAUUGGCCAGUAUGUAGUCUGUUUUUGAGAAUAUCCUGUGUGCAACUGAGAAGAGUGUGUAUUCUAAUGUUGUGGGGUAAAACACUAUAGACAUCUAUUAAGUCUGUUUGUUCUAAAGUUUGAUUCAAUUGUAAUAUUUUAUUAUUAAUUUUUUGUGUGAUCUAUCUUUUUGUGACAGUGAGGUUGUGAGAUCUCCCAAUACAAUUGUGUUAGACCUUACUGGUUUUUCAUGUAUAUUUGUAUUUUUUUAAAUAUGGUUGGUCACUGGUAUUUUUCACAUAUAUCGUUAUAAUUAUAACCUCUUCCUUGGAUUGUUCCUUUUCCAAGGACACAGUGAACUUCUUUAUAUCUCUGAAUCACUGUCUGCUUAGGGUUAGACUUGUCUGUAAGUAGAAUAGCUACCCCUGCUUUUUUCUGGGUUCCUGUUGCAUGGAAUAUUGUUUUCCAUCCUUUGAUUUUCAGUCUAUUAAUUUCUUUUUUUAAUUAAAUGUUUCCUGUUUACAGUGUAUUGUUGGAUCUUGCUUCUUAAAUCACUCUGUAAGUUUAUGUCUUCUGAUUGGUGAAUUGAGACCUUUAACACUGAUCAUUAUAACUGAUAUGUAUUGACUUAUCCUUUUCAUGUUAUUUUCCUGUUGCUGGCUCUGCCACCUCCUUUUUUUCCCUCUAGUUGUUUGCCUUCCCUGGUGGACUGUUCUUUUGGGGUUCACAUGGGGAUAUAGUCCUUAUUAUCUCUUCCUAGAAUGUCCUUCGGAAUUUUAGGAUGCUGAUUUGGUGGUUAUAAAUUUCCCCAGGUGUUCCUUGUCAUGAAAAUAGUUAUUUCUCCAGCAGUUUGGAAAGAUAGUUUUGGGGAGUACAUCCAUCUGGGUUCAAAAUUCUUUUCCAUUAGAGCUUCUUAACUUGAGAUUUUGUACUGAGAGGUCAGCUGUGAUUCUGAUAUACUUUCAUUUACAAGUGAUUUGUUUCUUUUCUCAAACAACCUUAAAGAUCUUGUUCUUGUGUUGAAUAUCUUGUGUUGACUUUCAUGUACUUACCUGGCUAUAGAAUUUUUUGAUCAUGACUAAUUAGAGUUUUAUAUGUCUCGCUUACCUUGUUUUUUUCUAUACCAGAAAAGUUUUUUGCCAUCAUGUCUGAAUGUUUUUUAAAUAUCAUUUAUGAUACCCCCUGCAUGUUCAAUGACUCUGUUUAAUCAUAAGUUAUUAUUUUUUUUUUCUCAUCUAGCAGCUACUGGAUUGAUUUCUCAUGGUCCCUUGUUUUGUGAAGUUAUUUUUUUUUUCUGGUUCCUAACUGUAAACCUGCCUUCAGUAUCUGAGAUCUUGUUCUCACAUUGACUUAAUCUGCUUUGAAGACUUAAAGGAAUUUUUAUUUUCCUGGAUAUCUGCUUGAACAAAUCUGUGUUAUGGGUUCAUUUCUUUCAUAUGCUGAGCUUCCAUAAUUUUCUUAAGCUCAUCUAUUUAUUUGUGGCUGCUCUAACAUGGCUAAGCAUGGUGUGUAUUUUGGUAUUCUCUGUAGUUAUCCGAGAGAUUAUUUCUGAAUUCAUUUUUUCCAGAGCCUCAUUCAAUUGCUUUGUUGUUUCCACUUCAGGUGGGGUGCUUUCAGAUUGUCCCACCUCAUUUCCCCCAGGGUUUGCCUUUGGCGAAGUGGAUGUUGGGGUGGGAGGUGUAUCUUGAUUGUCUUCUCAUUUCUUUUUCUAGUUUUAAUUCCUAGGGUGAUGUUGCAAAUUGCAUAUGGUAGUUGCUUUAUUGCUAGUAUUUAGGAUCCUUAGGUGAUAACUACUUUUCUAAGGGAUCUUCGAGGGGUAGCUGGUUUUUGGGUUUGAGUCUGUUGGAAGAUCUUAACUCUUUAGUUUUUUGAAGAUGAGAAAUUGUUGCUUGGUUGACCUAGUCCUGGUUCUUUAGCACUGUGACAUGUUAUUUUCUGUGACCCUUAGCAAAUGUCAGUCCAAGACAAAUAGCACCAGCCAGUGAAGUCCCUCACAUCUUCUGCUCCCCUCCACUACCAACUCUGUAGAGGACUCUCAGGUGCCAGCCAUCAUUCUUACUUUGAGUCCUUAGAUUUGAACCGCUCCUCUUGCAUAGUGAGUCUGAUUUCAGGAAGGAGGUACUGCAGGCUACUUCCUCCUUCACUGGAGUUUCUCCACUUUGUUCUCCACUUGGUCAGUUCACACUUUAAAUUCUUCAUGGGCCCAGUGGACCCACUUUUCUCCUUGUCUUUCUUAUAAUGCUGUUUUCCAUUGUGUGAAUCAUGACUCCCAGAGAGGCUAUUGUCUCUACUGCUUACUGUUUUGCCACUUUGGUCUCUGAAUCUUAUUUUUUAACAGCAUAGGAUAGCUUUUUGCUCGUGCUCUAGCUUUUUGUAAAUGAAAUCUUUGCCAGUUUUUGCUUUUACUUCUGUUAUUUAUUUGGUGGUUUGUUUGUUUAUUGUCUUUCUGAGACAGGAUCUUACAAUGCAGUUCAGGCUGGCCCUGAGCUCACUGAGUACCCCAGGCUGGUCUAAAAUUUGCAAUGAUCCUAGCCUCUUUAGUGUUGUCACCACACCCUACUUGCUUCUGUUUUUAAAUCAGGAUCUUUUCCUUAUAACCCAGGUUUGAAGUAGUGAUCCCCAUGUUCAACCUGCUGAAUGUUGGGAUUGUAAGUCUACAUGAUCAUGUCCAGCUUGUAACUUUUAAGGAAUAACUGUGCGAUGAACACCUGUUUGUUUUAAAUUUGUGUCUUUUAUGAAUUACUCUUGUAUGAUUUUUAUUAGAUAUGUGCAUUUUCCCUUGGGAACAUCAUAAAAUAGAAUUUGGGUGUCCUCAUGACCUCUGUUUUGUGAAUUCUACCAGUUCUUUAUUUUUUUUUACUUAGUAGUUGUGAGGAUUCUGGUUACCUAAGGAUUAUAAUUAGAUAUAGAAAAAUUUUCCUGUUAGUAAUAGUGCCCUUGUGUGGCGUUUUUUUUGUGGGGGAGAGUACUAGGGAUUGAAUUUGUGACCUUGCACUUUGCCAGGCAGGCACUUACGCCACUGAGCUUUAUUCCUGGUCUUUUGUUGCCCUGUUUUGAAGAAAAGGACAAAUUGGUGUUGGGUUGCUUUGGCUGGACAUCUUGAUACGAAGAGGAACUUCUACUGAACCUGCUCAGCUCCAAACAAUUAUACACCUUUAUCAUCACUCCCCCCCCCACCUUUUUGUUUUUUUAAACAAAAACAAACUUUGUAGUUCAAGUUCUUGGAAUUCACUGUGUUGCCUAGGCUGCACUUGAACUCAAAUAAAAUCCCCUGCCUCAGCCUCUUGAAUGCUGGGAUUACAGGUGUGUGGCAUCAUCCCUGGCUAGAUAGUGUCUUUCUAACUAUUCAGAAAACACACAUGAUUUUCCCUUAUGCAGUUCUUGGGGGUUACAAUCUGCUUCUGGUUAUGCAUAUAGUCAGUUCUUGGGGGCUACAAACUGCUUGUGGUCUUCUGUUCUACUUAAGAACCUCACUGGUAAGGGGAUGUUGGAAUCUCAGCUGUGGAGAGGAUACUCAGCCUGGGCCCUUUCCAGAUAUAAUCCUUAUGAUGGACUCUUCCUUAGUAUUUGAAUUUCAGGCGUAAAGCUCUUCCACCCUAGUCAUACAACUUUUAUGUGAAAUUGUGCAUGCAUCAAUUGACUUAUUAAGCUUCGUUUUAUUACUUUCAACCUAGUGUUAAAGGCCUUGCUUGACUGUGAAUUGAACUUCUAAAUUAAGCUGUUGUGACAGACUGUAGUCUGUUUAAGACUUCAUUGCCUCAUGUCUUUACCAUUACUUAAUGUUAAUGUUUACAUCUAGAUGUCCCACCAGAGCCUCAUGUGGACAUAUGUGGGGCUUUGGGGAGAUGACUAGAUCAUAUGUUAUGAUAUUCAUUAGUGGACUAGAUCACUAAAGUGCUUAUAGCUAAAUGUGAUAAUGAGAGGUGAACCCUGCUUAGAAGAGCUUGUGUCAUUGUGGGUAGUAUAUAGAAAAGUGUUUCUCCUUUCUCACAUUAGAUUUUCAAUUGACUGUCAAUAUUACAAACACUAAGCAGAUUUUUUUUUCCAAAUUUGCUAACUGAGUUAUGGAAAAUUUGAGCUUGGAGCCACUUGACAACUGAAGCAUUGCUGUAUUACUGUGUAUUACCUCAGUUAUAAUCUAAUUACCCAAAGUAAAAUAUCAAUGUCAAUAUAAAUCCUACAUGUGCAUGUUUACAGUAGUUGUCUCCAUAAUUUUUGUCAAAUUUUGAAACAACAAAAAUGUCAGCUAAGGGCAGGGUAGUGUAGCAGUAUAAAUACCUUUCUGGCAAACGCAAGAUCGUGAGUUUGAUUCCCAGUACCCCACCCCACAAAAAGUCAGCCAAAUGACUAAACAGUGGUACAUGCAAACACAAUGGAAUACUGUUGAACACUGAAAAAAUGAAACUAGAAAAAAAGAAGAAAUUAAAAGCUAGGUUAAAGAAGUCUCUCUUAGACUGGGGUGAUAGUGAUACAGAGCUCACUAGUAUACAUGAAGCUCUGUGUUCCAUUAUCAGCACUGAAAAAAGCAAUAUGUGAUUGUGACUACGUGAUAUUGUGGCAAAGUCAAAAUUUGAAGACAGUGCUCACUUCAGCAGUAUAUGUACUAAAAUUUUGAAGACAGCAUAAGUAACUAGAAGUUGCCAGGUGUUGAAGGACAGUAUGAAAUAUGUACAGCAUAGAUAAUUUUUAGGGGAAUGAAACUGUUCAAUAUAGUUGAUGCCAUUUUAACUAUAUUGCCCAUCAGAACUCAUAGAAUGGAAACUGGGGUGAAACUCAAUGAUAAACCACAUGCUUAGAAUAUAGAAGACUCUAGCAGCAAUCUAUAGUACCAAAACAAAUGAACAAACAACCACAAAAAAACCCUUCUAUAUAAAAUUAAUAGCACUAAAAAGUCUGUAAACAUGGGUUAUAGAUCAGGUUUACUGAUUAUAAAAAAGUUACAUUGUGUGAGAUGAUAGUAAUGGAGGAUGUUACCCAUUAAUAUGAGGAAAAUAUGACCAAGAACUCACCACCUGCUAUUCAGUUUUUAUUUUGAACCUAAAAUAGCUAUAAAAGUAUCUAUUUUUAAAGUUUAAACUUUUAAAAUUUUUUAAUUUUUUGGUACCAGGAUCCAACUCACAACCUUGCACUUGCCAGGCAAGUGCUUAUGCCACUGAACUCACCCCCCAACCCCUUGCACUUUUUUUUUUUUUAAUGAAAUGGGAGCUUACUUAGUACAGUCUGUACUUGAACUUUCUGUUCAGCCCAUGCUGACUUCAAACUCACAAUGAUCCUACCUCAGACUCCUGAGUGCUAACAAGUAUGUAUCACUGUAUCAUGCCUAAAUUAUAAACUUUUUUAAAAACAAUUUUAAUAAGAUCUGACAACAAACAGUACAUCAAAAUUUCCUUUUAUUGGAACUCAGAUUCCUAAGAAUCAGAAAAUCUAUUUAUGCUUGGCCUUUAAGCUUUUAAAAUAGAGAAGAUUUGAGACCUACUGGAGCCUUCUGGAUCAAAUCAAAACGCAAAGUGUAUCGACGAACUUCAUUUGAACUACAUAGAUUAUCUAAGACUCAAGCCUCCACUAACCCUAUGUUCUACUCCCUAUUCUAGCGUUCUCGGGUCCCAUUGAAACUAUAUUCUGCAGUGACACAAAAACUGCACGAGCACUUGAAAGGCGUGCUUCUUGGUUUAUCCUUGACACCCUUCGGACUCUUGUUUCUCACUAUUCCUCUGAGGAAUAGCCAGGGGUCGGCCUUGAGUAGUCUCCGUAUCAGCAGGUCCCUGCGCAGCUCCGACUGCACGGUGAGCACACUGCGCCUGCCCAAGAGGGGAGGCACUGGCCCCAGGUUCGGUUCCUGGCGCCCGCGGUCGUGCCAGUCUUCUCUGUCCUCGCUCUGGUCAGGUUGUGGUGGCGACACCUCCAAUGGAGCAACAGGAUUGAGAGUCAGGUUGCUGAAGUCUGUGACCAGCACUUCUGAGCCCUCUGCGUCCCGCGGAUAGGUCUCCUCGUAGGCCAUCGGAAGAGGCUGCGGGUUCGAGGUUGGCGGUACAAGCUCCAUGGGCUGAGUGCUGAGCUCUGCGGAGCUCGCUACAGUGUGGCGGGGAGGAGCUCCAGGCCUUGAGGCAGACUCAUCUCCAAGGCCAAAGCAGACAGAGAAACCAGCUCUAAAUUAUAAACUUCUUAGACCAUCUGUCAACCCUUAGUAAAAAUUCCUAAUGAAUAAGAUAAAUAAUCUUUAUAAAAGUAAGUAAGGGACUAGAGAUACAGCUCAGUGGCAUAACCUGGCAAAAAUGAGGUGAUAAGUUCAAUUCCUGGUACCAAAAAAAAAAAGUAAAAAUAAUAAAUAAAUGGAUGGGAAAGAAGCAUAAUAUGAAAUAUGAAAUGUGAUUUUAUAUUUGGAAUUCCUAAUAUCAAAUGAAAAUAAUGAGAAAUAAAAUAGAUAUUACAUGAUUCACUACCAAGAAAGUACAGGACAAAGUAGAUAUCAUAAUGAAAGACAGUUAAUCACUACUAACAUGCAACAGAAAUGCAUCUUAACUAAGAAAUGCCAAUGGAAUGAAGAUAAUUGAAAUAAUUGAAACUAUUUUCUGCAAAACAAUUGAAUUAAAAACCACUAGCAAAUGCAAUCAAAAAAAUUCUAAGUAUUUAUAAACUGUAUGUGGAGGAAUUAUAAAUCAAGGGCUAAAUGAUAGCAGAAGUAUUUUCUUUCUUUCUUUUUUUUUUUUUUUUUUUUUUUUUUUUGUCUUUUUCCUUUUUAUCAGUACCAGGGAUCGAACUCACGAUUCGUGCUUACAAGGAAGGCGCUUAUGCCGCUGAGCUAAACCUCCAGCCCCAAUAGCAGAAGUAUUUUAACCUUAAUGAAAAAAUACAAUGUCAAAUCUAGUAAGUAAAACUAAAAGAGUACUUAGCAAUUUGUUGGCAAGGUAAUACAUCCCUGUAACACUAGCUACUUGGGCGAUUAAUCAGGAAGAUAAUAUUAAAUUCAAGAGCAGCCUUAGUAAUUAAGAGAGAUUUCAUCGCAAAAAUAAAAAGGACGGAAAAAAAAAAGGCUGUAAAUGCAGCUCAGUAGUAUUGUAGCCUUCAGUACUAAAGAAAGAAAAGUUAUAAAACAUUAAUUGAAGAUUCUACAUAAAGACACAAAAUGAUCAAAGUAAAAGCAAGAGAAGAGCCUAGUGUGGUAGCAUAUUCCUGUUGUUGCAGCACUCAUGAAGCUGAGGAAGGAGGGAGUAGUCAUGAGUUUGAGAACAGCCUGGGCUACACUUCUGUGACAAAAUUGAGUCUGUAAAAGGAAUGACACCUGAACAAAGCUGGAGGCAGUGAAUAGCUUUAUUUUACACUAGAAAUCACAGCCAGGAUCACUCCCAACAAAGAAGGCCAAAUGUGCAGUAUUUGUAAGCUAGCACUUUUAUAAAAUGCAUAAGGAGAGUUACAAAGGUUGAACAGUUUUUACCUUUCAACAUAAGCGAGUGGGCCAGGGAUAUAGCUCAGUGGCAUGAUCACAUGCCUGGCAAGUGCAGUGUUCUGAGUUUGAUUCCUAGUCAGUGAUAGCAAGUUCAAGCCAACCUGAACAACAUGGUGAGGACCCAUUAGGAAAUAAUGAUACUAUGUUUCUUUUUCUUUCUUUCUUUUUUUUCUUUAGUACUGGAGAUCAAACUCAAGACCUGGUGCUUGCCAGGCAAGCACUUGUACCGCCAAGCUAAAUUCCAGGCCCAGAAAGUAAUAAUAAGCAUAAAUUCAUAUUCUGAAAGCAGAAUAAUUAAAAAAAUUUCCUAAUAUGUUAAUAUAACUACAAAACUUUUAAGGCAGAUCGACCAACAAAGACAGAAAUUAGUAUGAGAGAAGAUAUAUUAAUUCUGGAUUUAAGUAAAUAAAUAGACACUAUUAAUGUAUUUGUGGGGGCUGGGGAUUUAGCUCAGUGGCAUAAGUGCCUGCCUGCAAGAGAGAGGUCAUGAGUUCGAAGUUCAAUCCCUGGUACCACAAAAAAUAAAAUAAAAUAAAAUAAAAAGAAAGUAUUUGUAAGGUUAAUGAGACCAUAACCCAUGCAAGGAUGAUAGAGACACUCUGCCACAGAGUUUAUUUGGCUGAGGGGAGGGGUCAUCUAACGGGCAGAAAAUAACCCCAAAGGGAGGAAGUCAUGGGCUUAUAUCCCAUAAAACCAAAGUGGUGGGAAUGGGUGUGUAGACCAGAACCAGCCACUCAGAAAGGCAUCAGGAUACAUUUAGGGGUAGAAUUAUGAAUCACAGGAACACCAUAGGUCUCCUGGUUGCUGCAGUUCUCAGGAAAGUAUCCAAGUGUCUUUGUGGUUGGUGCUGUCCUAAAAAUCUGAAGGGAUGGUUGGGUUGCAUCCUUUAAUUCCCUUCUCCCUGUGACCAGGAGUUCAUGGCUCCUCAUUUCAACCUUUUGUUUUAAGGGAUAGAAGGAGGGCAGGCCGAGUAGGUGAUUGGGUAGAAAGGUUGAAGGCUACAUGAGGGAGAAGGUCAUUGUUUCUCAAGGCUUCUUUGACCAUGACAGUAGAAGCUGCAUGGGCAACCUAAGGUAAGCAAACCUGGGGUUAGAAUACUUGGCAGCACUGCUGAUGUUAUGGAUGACUUGGAGUUAAUGGCUGUCUAGAGGAGAGUCAUUGCCAUGUGGCGCUUAUGCAUUUGGGGUAAAUUGAGUCAUCAGGAGGAGCUGCUUGUUCCACAUGAAGCAAACCUGUCCUUGGAUGAAAUAUGCUAUUCGCCUAUCCAACAGGGCAGCAGCAGAAGCAAGAUAGGGGCAAAGUGGCCAAGGAUGGGAAAAGCCAUGACCAUCACCCAGACUAGAAGAAGCCUGCUCCCUUUCACCCUUUUCCUGCUUUUUGAGCCUGGUGGCCUGGUCUCACAGACUUUGGACUAUCUGGUGAAUGAAGCCUGAUCAGUUGACAUAGAAACAAUACUCUUCUCCAAGAAAGAUGCAAGUGCCCUUUUGUAGAUCCGUGACAGAGUCAAGGAUUUUGUUGAAUCCUUCUGACAUUUUUCUGAGAGUUGUUGUUGGGUUUGACUGACAGGGCCAGUCCCGUCACUCUGGCUUUCACACCUGUGGAAAUUCCUAUUAUCAAGCCUAUUAUCAAGUGAAUGAGGGUUGGGACCCAGGAGCACUGUGUGGCAUAGGUAGGACUAGCACUCUUGUCUUGUUGACUGUAUCCAUUUUGGGAGUUAAGAAUACCAGUGUGCAGGCCCCAGCCCAGUUGGCAAGGAGAAAGAUCUAGGCAGAGGUUCUGCAGAGCCAACCCUGUCCUGAAGUAUUUAAACAGAAAUGGUUAUGCAUCUCUAGAAGGUGAGCAGCGCCUUAUUUACUGGUUCUAUUUUUCCAGAUCCCCACAGUGACAGGCUUGGCUGACCCUGUGAAGGGAGGCAUUUUGGAGGUGUUUUUCGUCUGAGUCUGGUCCCUCUGAACUGUAGUUGAGUCUUUGGUCCUGUUUACCUAUGGUAGAUGGAACCUCUUGGUGCCUGUUUGUUAGUGUUGUAGUGGCUCAGAAAAAGGAGACAGGCAGCUGGGAUAUGUGUUUCUGUCUGUGGGUACCAAUUUCCAAUAAUAAAGAGUGGAAGCUAGGUGAUAUUAGAGAGACAUGACUGUUUGUCAAGGAGCUGGGAGGUAUCUAUGAUGGGCGGCCUGUUAUAUGGUAGGCAUCCUGUUCAGGGAGGGCUUGAAACCCAAGGGGGAAAUUAGGAGCGAUCUCCUUUGGAGAGAAGAUGUGGGUGUUAAAAGUAGUAUAGUACUGAGGGAAAUGUAGGGUAAUAGUGAAGUUACAGCUAGAGAUAGGUGGAUAUCCCAGGGGGACUCGUAGAGGACCUUCACAGGAGAUGCACAGUAUGACUUUAAAGAAAAGCUGAACAUUAGAGUUUAUAGGCCUUAGAACAAGAUGGUAUGGAAAAACUGUUUAAGCAUAGGCAAAAGCUAUGUCAGUUUGUCUGUGGUUUUUGUUUGCAGCUUUGGCCUUCCAGAUUUUUUUUUAACAUCAUAGGAAGUUACCAGGAGGACUUGGCAAGAGCCCAAGUUGUGAGUGGGAGAGUUAGCCUUUUAGGCAGAAGUGGAGAUAGAGACACAAAGCUAACAGCCUUUAACCAAGGAAGACUUGGAUUAAUUUAGUAGAGAAUGGUCCAGUUAUAGGGUCCUAAAAAGAUAUUUAAGGAUCCCUGGGUUAAGUGAAGAGGACAUCUAAGAUCAGGUUAUCAGAAGGGGAACUUUAGUUAGGAUAAGGUUGGAGGAAAGCAAUAGGAGUUUGAUCUAAUCAGGAGCCAUCUCAGUACCAGUCUGGAAAAUGCCUGAGCAUGCCCAGGAGAAUGAGGGUGGUUGUCACAAAGAGAAGAUGAUGGCCAAAGGCUCUUUUUUGUGAGGCUCCAGUCAACUGAAGCAAUACCUAGUAGGGCAGCUGUGAACAGAAGGGCCAAGAGUAUGUAGGCAAGGAGGUAGGAAAGUGGCAAUGUAUGGAUCUAUCUAAGAUCCUGGAUGAGGGGGUGGAAUGGCCCCAAACAAGGUGAGUGGUAAAUCAAAUUGUAGCCAAAAGACUAAGGACUAGAAGAUACAUGAACAGUCAGAGGUCCUCCACAAGGCAAAGAGCUAGAAGAAUGGCAAAGAGGUGGAUUUCAUCUAAGGACUGAAAGAGGAAGAGUUCCUGGGAAAUAAGACAUUUUACCCAGGGGAGGAUAGGUUUAUGGCUGUCUACUGGGGGAUGAUGGAAAAGAAGGGUUUUUGUCCAGGGAAGAAGAGGGCUUAGAGGAUGAGACUGAAGGAGACAGGUGAGCGCUUGCCUUAGAGCAUUGGUGAAGCGACAGAUAAAGCAGGGCAUUAUUUCUCAGGGAUGAGGGUGAGAUGAAGACACAUUAGGGAGAGCCAAGUAGAGAAGCAGAGACUUAUUUGAGGUUGCUAUUCAUUAAAGGGUCCUUUUUUAGUUUGGAGAAAGGUAUCCAGGCAGAUUUGCCUAAAAUCUUGGCUACUAUAGGGGUGCUUAACAUCACAAUGUGUUGUCUGGUUCACUUGGAUUUGAAUGGUGGUAGAGUGAGAUCUCAGACCCAAACCUGGUCUCCUGGUUAAACCUCGUAAGACACUAGGGAGAUUGGGGCAGAUAAUGGUCUGUGUGGACUUGCAGGAGAUUUCAUAAAAGUGAAAAGAAGUGAGAGCGGUGUCUUUGGGAGCCUGGACAUGGUACUGUCAAUUUCCACAACAGAGAUGCCAGUUAAAAAAAACAGCUGUCCUGAUAAAGAGGGGGAAGUAAAAUGGAGUGCCUACAUGUCAAUUAAGAAUAAAGCAGUCUUACCUUCCACCCAGAGAAUUAUGCAAAGUCUGGCAGCUGUAAUGAUCCAAGGGGCAUCCAAGACUGUUAGGGCAUGUUAGUCAUCUGAGGCCCACUCAGAUUGGAGAGGACAUGACUGUCUGUGGAGCACCCUGAGAAGGAACUCCUGCAGCAAACCUAGCUGCCAAAGGACAAUCUGACUUCCAGUGAGGGUCCUCACACAUGCAACAUGGCUUGGAGGAACAUCUGAACUAAAGGCACUCAUUGGCCCAGUGCCCUGAAAUAGAGUCCUGGAGGGGACAGUACCCCUUUGUUCCCUUGGAUUUGUUUGGGUUUCUAGUGGUGGAAGCAAGCAACUAUAAAUCAGAGAUAUAUCAUAGGUGGGUAGUCUUAUUUUGAUUCCUUAGAGGCCUGAGAAAUUAAUUUCUGUUGUGGGGCUUGAGAGCCUGUUUUAAUUUUUUGGAGGUCUCUUAGACCUGUUUUUAUUCUUUGGGAGAGAGAGUGAAGGUUAGGAUGACAGUAACAUAGUUUCAAGUGAGGUCAUAUAUCUGGACUAGGUUUUGGAAUUUCUUGAAUAUAGGGGUAAGAGUCUGAAAGGAAGGAACCAAAAUGGUGAUUGAUUUAAGAGAGGUCUGUGAAAGAGAAAGGAACAUGGACUUGGAUAAUGUCUUUGUUUUUGGCAACUUCAUGAAAGGGAAAUUGGGAAUGGUGAGACCAAAUGGGAGAGGCCAGAUCUUGUACAAGAGGGAGUACAGUUAUUGGGACUUAGAGGCUGUUGUUAAGGAGCUGUCCAACCCACAGGUGGAGAUAGGCAAGGUGAUGAGCUAGAGCAGCUUGUUGUGGUGAGUCAGUUUUGGGGGCAGAGGGUUUGUCCUUCUUUGAGGAGAGGCAGACUACCGCCCAGUGGCCUUUUUUAUUGCAACUGGAGAAUGGGGCCCAGUGACAGAUGGGGAUUGGGGCAGCUUCUGGCCCAGUGUCUCACAUUUCCACAUUUAAAGUAAGGCCCCUCAGGGGGAUCUUGUGAGUGGUUUUAUUGUGAGUAGCUCCAGGAGGCCUCAGGAUUUGAUAUUUUUAUUUGAUGUGGGCAAGUUUAUCCCUUUGUUCUUGUUUGUUUCUCCCAUUCAAAACUUUAUAGGUCUGGGUACUAGGAUUAUUCUGGUGGGUACUUGGGCCCUACUCUAGAUAUUUUAGUUUUUUUUCUGAUGCCUGGUGUCAACUGAUUAAUAAAGCACAGUUGUGAUUGGUCAAGUAGAGCAAAGAAAGCUUGGAUAUAGACUUCGGGCCAUUUCCUGUUGCAUUUGCAGAGUUUGAAGUACAGUCACCCAGUGCAGUCAACAACAAGGUCAGGGCCCUGAAACCCUGGUCAAGCACCAAAGUAGUCCCAAGAGACUCCAGGUAUUCUGAGGGACAUAAGACCUAAACUCCCAAGCAGGUAUCCCUGGUUGGGGAGAAAAUCACGACUAACCAUCCAAGUUGGCAUGCUAGCUUGACUUCCAGACCAGACUGACCUAAAGCUUAUGCCCAAAACCAGACAGCCUGGACCUAGGGGCAUUGUUGACUGCUGGUGGGAGAAGAGGAAGCAAAAAUGAAGUUGUCAGGAGGAAAAUCAGAGUAAGUUCCCUGGAAAAAGUCGCAAGUGAGCCAGUGUAAGAAAUUCUUGAAAGAAGUGAAGGGGGAGGGCAAAGGAAAGUUUUGCAGGGUGUAAGAUGUAAUAUGAACAAACAAGAAGAGACAUUGAGGAUGUUCAGGAGGGGAAGAUUGGAACACAAAGGAGAUUGUCUAAUUAGUCUUAUAUUAAUCUCUUCAUAAAUUAUUAUUGUACUUAUUGUACCUCUAAUAGUAAGUUUGAAAUUGAGAUAUAAAGGAAAGUACUCACUGGUUAUGUGUCUUUGAGUGUGGUGUAGCUGGCUCCAUUCUAAUACAAGUUCUAAUAUAAACAAGAGUCAUUAUUACAAUUCCUUUUUCUAAACAUAAACACAGAUGAAAAGCUCUACAAAUACAAUCGUAGUAAUAGCAGUAAGUUGAGAGUUAUAACAAUAAAUUCUACAUAAUUUUUUUCAAAAAGCAGAAAAUAGACUGGAUUACAUAGUUUAAAGUCAAUGUGGACCAUAUAGUGAGACCCUGUCUCAAAAAAGACAAAACAAAAAACAAGGAUACGAUGAGAAUAUAUUUUACUAUGACUAUAUUAACCCUGGCUGCUUUUUUUCUGUCCAGUUUUAGUUUAAAUUUGGAUCUGUGAACUUUCUUACUCAAUUACUUUUUGCCAAUAAUAGGAUAAUUGCUGAAGCAGGAUGUGAUGGCACAUGUGUGUAAUACCAUCACUAGGAGUCCAAGGCAGGAGUAUCUGGAUAAAUUGCAGACCAGCUUGUGCCAUAAAGUGAGUUCAAGAACUUGGACUCAAAACUAGACUGAAACAGAUCCGUCUCGGGCUUUUGAGUGCUAGGUCUGUAGACCUAUACCACUGUGCUUGACAACAUUAAAAGUUUUACAAACUCAGAGAAGCUUGAAAAGUUGUGAAGGUCUGAGAAAGAUGGAUCUUGUAAAGACUUUUAUGUAUGAUCAUUCUGGAUCAUAUUAGAGGGAGUUGUUUUUUAGUUUUUUUUAAGAAAGUAAGCCUUAAAAUCUUUUGAUUUUUUUUGUUUUGUUUUUGUAUUUUGUCUUUUUGAGACAGAGUCUUGCUACACAGUUUAGGCUGGCCUUGAGUUCAUUUUAAAGUCAAGGCUAGUCUUGAACUUUUAAUGAUCUUCCUGCUGCAGUCUCCUAAGUGCUGGGAAUCAUGCAGAUGACUAACAUCAGAGUCAUCUGAUGCAAAAGUAGAAUGUGAUACUUUCUGUUGCAGCUACACAAUUCUCAUAAUUUGUUCUGGAUAUGAAAUUAUAACUAAUAUAGGAAAUAAAGAUUCUAUAUUUUGUCAGGUAA